AAGAGGAAAGAGGAGGGGUGAUCUCCCAACAAACAGCUGCUGCAGCUGCAGAGAGGAAAAAGGAGAAAGCUCAGGAGUACCAGCAGCAAUCCGACCCCUGCAACAGGUUUACCAUGAACAUGUACCUGUUCGUGUAUGACUUAAUGCAAUUCUGUGGACAUUCAUGGAUAUUUACAAAUAUGAUGAUCAGGUUCAUGACAUUUGGAAAGGAUUCGCUGGCUGACACGUUUUACUCCAUAGGACUUGUAAUGCGCCUUUGCCAGUUGUUAUCUGUACUGGAGAUCCUACACAUCCUCGUUGGCAUUGACAAAAGCCGUCUCCUCCCCAGGUUUUUGCAGAUCACUGAGAGAAUAAUUGUUUUAUUUGUCGUGAUMAACAGUCAGGAAGAAGUUCAAGGGAAAUAUGUCGUGUGUGUUUUAUUUUUCCUUUGGAAUUUAUUAGAUGUGAUCAGAUACACUUACAACAUGUUGGCAAGAAUGGGAAUAUACUAUCUACCACUGACAUGGCUCAACUUCUCACUGUGCAUCCUGCUUUAUCCCCUUUCAGUUCUGGCUAAAGGAUUUGCAAUUUGUGUAUCACUGCCUUAUUUUGAAUCCUUUGGCACAUACUCCAUCAAGCUACCAUUUCCAUUUGCCUUCUCAAUCUACUUCCCCUAUGUUCUGAAAAUGUACCUGCCAGUGCUCUUUAUAGGAAUGUGCUUUAUCAUCCAGAACCUCUUCUACGAGAGAAAGGCACACCUAGGGACAGGCAACAUCAAAAACAAGAGAAGCUAAGUUGAUAUUUUGUUUGGAAGGACAAAAUACGUUCCUAGUGGACUGCUGAAUAUCAUAGGUUAAAAACAAAGUGAACAAAGAUUUCUCAAUGCCAAACUUCUCUUCRCAUGAACAUUAUCUGUGUAGAAUUUUCAGAAAAAGCAGGUCUCUUGAAUGCACCUCAAAAAUGGAACACCCUUUCAAAACUUUUGAAAGUUUUGACUUCAAAUGGCCAGAGUUUUUUAAAUUAAUAUAUUUUUUCUAACAUAUAUUAUGGAAUUCUGAAAAAAUUGAAGAGUUCACAAUCACACCAACAAUACUUAUUUCGGUGUUAAUGGUUACCUCACKAGCUACAGAUACUCUGUAAUGACAAUAUAAUUUAAUUUGUAUGAUUACUUUAUACAAGGCCAUCAUGAAUGUACCUCASACAUAAAUGCUAAAUUGCUUGGAACUGGAAUCUUUGAAGGAGAAGUCAGAACCUUUGCAACCUAUGAGAUGACAUGCUGAUUAGCCCCAGGCUUUCACUAAGCAUCCCUCACCUUCUGGGCCCAUUCUUAAUUUAUCAAAAGAACAUUCCAAAAAUGCAGCUAGAUCAGAAAGGCAUGUGUUAYGGUACUCAUCUACUGUAUAUUCAAGGGGAUAUUUUAGUGUCAGAAAUAAACACUUAUGUGCUUCACAUGUCUCUCUCUUCCCCUGCAAUGAUUUUCUUCCAUGCUGAAAAGCAGAUAGAUAUGUGCAAAAGAAGUGUGAUGUAGUCAGGUCAAAUCCAUGUCGUUCUUUAAAGGGAACUGAAUGACUGUCAAAAGCCAUGUGCAAAAUUUCUAGGCAUUUUACUCAAAUGURUUGCUCCUCAUACAUCUGGAGGGUAAUCUGCAAGAAUGCAACUAGAACACAGGCCAUUCAAAGGUUCGGAAUGAGGAAUAUACACAGCAACCCAGUGGAUUGUACAUGCAAAAUCAGCCAAUAAUUCCUUAGAGGCUGGCAGGAGCUUUUCUGAUGU